AUGGCGUUGCAGGUGACGGCCCCUGAUUUGGCAAAUGGGCUUCAAUGUCCUGUUUGUCUGGAGGUCUUUAAGGAGCCCCUCAUGCUGCAGUGUGGUCAUUCUUACUGCAAAGAUUGUCUGAACUCCUUAACCCACCACCUGGGAAACCAGCUCUUCUGCCCCGUGUGCCGGCAAGUGGUACCCGAUGGCAGCAGCUCCCCGCCCAAUGUUUCCCUGGCCCAGGUGAUUGAAGCUCUGCAUGUCCCAGGCGAGCAGGAGCUGAGUGUCUGUACCCAUCACCAAAACCCACUCAGCCUGUUCUGUGAGAGGGACAGAGAGCUCAUCUGCGGCCUCUGUGGCCUUCUGGGCUCCCACAAGCAGCACCAGGUCAUACCUGUCUCCACUGUGUACAGCCGCAUGAAGGAGGAGCUCUCGGGCCUCAUCUCGGACCUGAAACAACAGCGGGAAAAACUGGAGGAACAGGUCACCAGACUAGGGAACAACAGGACCCGGAUUGCUAACGAGUCCGACGUCUUCAGCUGGGUGAUCCGGAGAGAGUUCCAGGAGCUCCACCGCCUGGUGGACGAGGAGGAGGCCCGCUGUCUGGAGGGUAUCGAGUGUCACAAGCGGGGCCUCCUGGCCUCCAUGGACAUCCAGCUGGAGCAGGCCCAGGGCGCCCGGGAGCGGCUGGACCAGGCGGAGGGAGUCUUGGAGCAGCUGAGUGAGGAGAGCCACCUUGACUUCAUCCAGAAAUACCAUGCCAUGGCCUCCAGCACAAAGCUCCAGCAGACUCUGCCGCUGGAGGGAACCUUCAACGCCGUCUCUUUCAAGCCUGGCUUCCACCCAGCCAAUCUCAAAAUGACCGUGUGGAAGCGGCUGUUCCGCAAGGUUCUGCCAGCCAUGGAGACUCUGAAAUUGGACCCAGCUACGGCCCACCCGCUCCUCCAGCUCUCCAAAGGGAACACAGUGGUAGAGUGUGGCCUCCUGUCUCAGCGGAGUGUCGGCCACCCUGACGGCUUUGACUACAACACCUGUGUCCUCGCCAGUCAAGGUUUCUCCUGCGGCCGUCACUACUGGGAGGUGGUGGUGGGCAGCAAGAGUCACUGGCGGCUGGGGGUCAUCAAGGGCACCGCCAACCGGAAAGGCAAGCUGAUCAAGUCCCCCGAGCAUGGGCUGUGGCUGAUCGGGCUCAAGGAGGGCCGGGGGUAUGAGGCCUUCCAGUGCCCACGAGUGCUGCUGCCUGUGGCCGGCCACCCUCAUCGCAUCGGUGUGUAUCUCCACUAUGAACAGGGGGAGCUCACUUUCUUUGACGCAGACCGCCCCGAGGGCCUCCAGCCCCUGUACACUUUCCAGGCUGACUUCCAAGGCAAACUUUACCCCAUCCUGGACACCUGCUGGAAUGAGCGGGGCAACAAUUCCCUUCCCAUGGUUCUGCCUCAACCUCCGGGACCUGGCCACCUGCCCACCCUGGAGCACACCAAACUGUAG